AUGAAUACAGUUGAUGUGAAUACUCAAAAUAGUUAUGAGAAUAUAACUAUUAAUAAUGGUAUUAAUGAUACACCCAUCCCAACAAUUGAAACGCCUCCAAACUCAGAUAAUGAAGAUACUCAAAAUCUAAAGCAACAUGAUACAUAUGAGGCACUAUUAUCAAUAGCAGCCCAGUAUCACAAAUCAGGUGUUUUCCGACUCUGGUUGGGUCCUUUCAAUCCAGUUAUUGUUAUAACUAAUGCUACAAAUGCCGAGAAAUUGCUUUCAACUAAAGCAAAUAUAACCAAAGCUCAUGAAUAUAAAUAUUUGAGGCCAUGGUUAGGAUAUGGCCUACUGACCAGCACUGGUAAUCAGUGGAGAACCAGCAGAAAGUUGUUAAGUCCAGGAUUUCAUUUUCAAAUACUAGAAAAUUUUUUGCCAAUUAUUAUAAAUCAACAAAAUAUUAUGAUGUUUUUGAUUGACAAACAAAUUGCUGAAAAUGAUGGUAUAGUUGAUGAUAUACGACCAUUGAUUACAAACUAUACAUUAGACGCUAUAUGUGAAACAGCAAUGGGAUCAACAGUCAGAGCACAGACCAGCCCUAACUCAGACUAUGUGCGGGCAAUUCAACGCAUGUUUGCCGUAUCAAUCAUACGGUUUAUUAAGCCGUGGCUUUGGUCAGACUUUAUCUUUUACAGGACACGAAUGGGCCAAAAGUUUACGCAAUGGCUAAAAGUUUUGCACGACUUUACUGAAUCAGUAAUCAAAGAGAAAAAAGCAGAAAUUUUAGAGAAAAUUAAUAAUUUUGAUAAGUCUUCGGACAUAACACGAGAAGAGAUCAUUGAUAAAGUUAUGAAUACUAUUGGAUCAAAACGUCGUCUGGUUUUUAUGGAUCUACUUCUUCAUUAUCAUCUCAAACAUCCGGAUGUGAUGACCGAAUUGGACAUACGUUCAGAAGUUGAUACCUUUAUGUUUGGCGGACACGACACUACCUCGAGUUCACUAAUGUUUACACUACUAUUGAUUGGUUUAAAUUCAGACGUUCAGAAACAAAUACACGAAGAAUUGGAUGAUAUAUUUAAUGGCGAUAUAGAUCGCGAAAUAACCGUUGAAGACAUCAGACAAAUGAAAUAUUUAGAUCAAUGUAUACGUGAAGGUCUUCGCCUUUAUCCUCCCAUUCAACUCAUUGGCCGACAAAUUGAGAAAUCUUUUCAAUUAAGCGAUGGAUGUGUCAUUCCCGGAGGUAUGACAUGUUAUGUGCCAUUGACUGCUAUGCACAGGGAUCCCAAAUAUUUUCCCGAUCCUGAGGUGUUUGAUCCGCAAAGAUUUGAUGUGGACUUAGUUGCCAAAAGACAUCCAUAUGCUUACGCACCGUUCAGUGCCGGUCCGCGCAAUUGUAUCGGACAAAAGUAUGCUAUGCUCGAGGAAAAGGCUUUUUUAGGACAACUUUUCCGCAAAUAUAGCAUUGAAUCGCUGGUCAAACGGGAAGACGUAAAACUUGAAUUAUCUAUUGUUUGCAAACCUUCGACGCCAUUGAAAAUGAAAUUUAAAUUGAGAUCAUAA